UGUGCAUGCGCGUCAGACUGUUUUUUCCUGGGCUUCUCACAUCCUGGGUUUUUCACUGUACUUACUGUGAAUGGUGCGUGGGAGAGUACUGGUUUCUUGGCCGCUGGCGGGCAGCCGGAAGGACUUCCUGCGCCCCCGAACCUGCGGCGGAAGUGCAAGCCUAGCGUCUGGAGGCAGAGUGCUUCCUUUAGUAACUAGUCUAAAAAACUCGAACGCAUGGGUACGUGUGGCUGUUGGGAGCGUUUCUUCCCAGCAAGUGCUCAAAUGGCUCCAGUUCCAGCCGCUUUCACUUACCCGUGUCUCAGGGUGUGGCGGUGGUUACUCCGCAUUGUAGCUAAUGCUGGUUUGAUCAGGCGGCAGUGAGAAUUUAGUAGAGAUAUGGGGAGUUGGCAGUGGAGAGCUUACGUUUAGAGCCCAGAGCCCUGUUUCAAUAGGAUAGUUUUGGGAGAAGUGCUAACUUUUGCCAAAGCCUUCCAGUUGCUGUGAGGUUUGAAUCCCAGGGCAUAAAUUACACCAGGAUCUUUCUCAACUGUUGGAAGCUGAACUGGGACUCAGGGAAGGAAACUGUGGCAAGCUAAGGAGGCCAUAUGUCAUGUAACUUCCAGAUCUCAUGUCAACACCAAGCCCUCAGCUGCUGGUGGCAGCUGCUCAGCGGACUCUGGGCAUGGGGAAGAGAAAAUGCCCACCUCGAGCUACCUGCCUUCACCUAGCAGGAGAGGUGCUGGCUGUGGCCCGUGGGCUGAAGCCAGCUGUACUCUAUGACUGCAACUCUGCAGGGGUAUUGGCGCUCCAGAGCUAUCUGGAGGAACUACAGGGGCUGGGCUUCCUGAAGCCAGGACUUCACAUUCUUGAGAUUGGAGAGAAUAAUCUCAUCGUCAGUCCUGAGUAUACCUGUCAGCAUUUGGAACAGACACUGCUUGGUACUGUAGCUUUCGUGGAUGUUUCCUGCUCCCAGCCUCAUCCUUCUGUCCUGUCAUUGGACCAGCUCCCGGGCUUGAAAUCUCUCAUAGCUGACAUCAUCACACGUUUUCAAGAACUGCUGAAGGGUGUGUCUCCUGGAGUCUCCUACAGCAAGCUACAUUCCUCAGACUGGAAUCUCUGCACUUUAUUUGGAAUACUCCUGGGCUAUCCCGUCUCUUACACAUUUGACCUGAACCAUGGAGAAGGCAACUGCUUAACCAUGACUCCCCUGAGGGUGUUUACUGCUCAGAUUUCAUGGCUGUCUGGUCAACCUCCAGUCCCACUGUACUCCUUUAGUGUUCCAGAGAGUUUGUUCCCACCCCUGAGGAAUUUUCUAAGUGCCUGGGAGAAGGAACUCAGAACCCGAUUUAGGGCUCAGAAUGCCUUUGCUGACCUCAGCAUUUCCUCCGAGGUGGUCACACUUCCUGCUGUGGCCCUCUGAGUUAAUUCUGCCAGUUGAGAAGGUAUCUGAAUGGUUAUCUCUGGGUGGAAGAUGCCAGCUAGGAUCAUUCUAAGAAUGGGGAGAAUGUUGUGCAAUCAGCUGACCACAUGUGCAAAUGGGGGUGUUGUUGGUGUCAGCAGUACGACCCCAUCUUUAGGUUAGGAGUUCCUAGGUCCUUAGCAGAGGUGCCUGUUUGUUCUUCAUUGUGUAAGAGAUAGAAGAGUGGGAAAGGAGCGUUGUGGAGACUUAAGCAGUAUACCCUUGGUGGUGGCCUCCCUCCGUGGAUAGUGCCUUAGAGGGAAGGAGAAUAACUAGGUAGUCUACAUGAUUAUGGAACUGACUGAAUCAGGGUAUGAGACCAUGCUGUUUAAGGGCCACACUUGUGGUUUACUUCUCAGGAAUACACAGCUCUAAAGAGCAGUCUUGUGAGGCAAAGUUUAUUUACAGCAUGGUGGGAAAAAUAAAGCUAGGGGUCCAGAUUCAUUUGGAGGGAAAACCUAAGCUAUAAAGUACCAAACCUCAAGUUUUUUCAUGGAGUUGUUUGCUUCUGAAUUUUACUUCAGAUAGAUGCCGGGAGUUCUUCAGAUGACCAGGUUGCCUUUGUUUGCCAGGAACACGGCCAGUGCUGUAGCAAUCACCACCACCAGCGCUGGGAGCCAUUGGCUACACUGCCGCUGUAUGGGAGGAGGUGGAGACAAGAGAGGGCAGCCAUGUCACUUCCAUUGAGAUAAAACCCGUUUACUAGUGGCCUAGAGAUUCACAUCUGACUGGGGACAGAUAUUUAAAUGCUGCUAUGAAUAAUGGAAAGGUGGAAAAUAACUCAACAGAAUAACACUCUCUUUGUGUGCCUCAAAUAGUUUUGUGGUCCUCCUCUGCCCUUGUCAUUGUGUUCACAAUAAAUCAAAAGAAUACGCUUUCAUGCUUGAACCAA